CCCCCCGCCCCAGUCCGGGCGGCGAGGUGCAAAGAUGCUAGGGGACCCGGGUUCCUGCGUGCUCCAGGAGGAGGGCGCUGCGGUCCAUGAUCCGCGAGAGCAAGACUCGGAGGGGGUGGGGCUGCAGCGUGGAACCCCAGGUGCGAGUGAAGAGGAGGCCCGGGGCCCCGACGCCGGGUCCUGGGGAGACGGCGGAUGCUGGAGUCCGGGAAGGGGCUGGGUGGUGGACUCCGGGUCUGAUGAGAGGGUCGGGGCCUGGAAUCCCGGGUCCCCAAGGGAGCCGGGCCGCUGGGCCUCUCCCCCGCCAGACAUCCCUUGCCCUCGGCGCUGACCCGGGCCUGUCUGGCAGCCCAGACAGCCUCCCCUCCUCCCCGGCCCCCUCCCGCUCGCCAGGCUCACCCUUGACCCCUCCGAGCCCGCAGCCCCAUCGCUGCCCCUCCCCCUCGCUGCGGCCAGACAUUAACCCCCUCGCGGCCGGGGCGCCGCCACAGCCAGACGCCGGCCUCCACCUCCCCAGAGGUCCCGGGCGCCUCGCCCCCACUCCGGCCCUUCCACCCGGCCCCGCCACGCUCCCGCCUCUGGAGGCCAGGAGGUGUUCCCAGCCCGUGCACCGCCGGACCGGAGUCCGGGUCCCCAGCCCCCUCCUCCUGGGAGCCGGAGUCCGGGCUCCCGGCCGCACUGCACCCCCAGACCCUCCUUCGCGACCCCGCCAGCCCAGGCCCCGAGCCCUCGCCCUGGGAGCCCGGAGCCCGGCCGGCCGCAGCCCUCGGGCUGGCCCCGGUCCAGGGCAAAAAAUUCCAUCCAGCCCCGGGGAGGAGGAGCGGGGCGGAGGAAGGAGCGGGAGGGGAGGCCGGGCCAGGGGAGCAUGA